GCCAGGCAUUUCAUUUCAUUCCAUUCCAUUUCCCGUGCACUUUUUACUUUCUGGCAAACUCAUUUUUUACACUUUCCCCCGCCCCGGAAAAAUCGAAAAAAGUAUCUCGGCAUUCGGAACGCUUGCAACUUACCGGCAAGGGAAUAGAAAAUCAACCGAAACCGAAACCGAAACCGUGUUCAUCCAGCCAACCAACCGUAGACUCUCCACAGAAACUUGAAGGCAUCUCGUCCCGUUGCAAAGUUGCAAAUUCACAGGAUGCUCAGCACUUUCAAGAUGCGAUCUGUUCUGCAGACUCAGAAGAUAAUGCGAUCGUUGUGCCAUGAUUCGCAACGCAUCAAGGCGCAGUUCCUAGUCCAAAAUGAGGAGUCCCCCUCCAACGUCGAGGAAGUUGGGCAGGAUAAGGAGGAGCAGCCCGCGCCGGAGCCACGCCCCCGCGCACCCCUGUACAAUCCGCUAAGUCGACGCCACACUGUAAACAGCUCUCGACUCCAGUACAUCAAUGACAAGUACAAGGAACUGGCCAACGAGGUGGAGUUGCGCAAGCCGAAGGCCAAGCCAUUCGUCUCCCGCCACGCCCUCCAUUCGGGGCGCUUCGACAAGUAGGAUCCCAGUCUCCAACCCUUCCAACCAACGAUCGAAGAUGAUUCUGAGAGCUGCCUUCUUUUCCGGUUAACACAAAAGGAGGACACUCCUCCGUGAACUGUUCAAUAAGUCGCUUAUUCCUUGCCUGUUAAAUCACAAAUGAAAAUGCCAAUAAAUGGG